UCUGUGGACACGGAUUGGGGUGAAAUCAAACGUCAGGUCACGUGUCGUCUCUUCCUCUUUCCGUCCACACACACACGUGGCAUUCAUUCACUCAGUCGCUCGACAACAAACUUCCUCCACUGAAUGAACCUGUUAGUCACGGCUGGGUCUUCGGUCGUUUCACUUAGUUGUCGUUAGUGGUGCAUGGGUUGCACUCUUCUUGGUCCGUCUCUGCCCCAGUCGGCAGGGCAGCAGCCGGCGCCCCUCCCUUGGCUGCCUUGGCGCAUGCCGCCUCUCUCGCUGCCGCCGCCUCACGAAGGACCUGCAUCUUCUCUGCACACGAGAUGGACAGACAGAUGGAUGUGUGUGUGUGUGUCUGUCUGUGUGUGUGUGUGUACCUGAGAAGAGUUUGGCUGCCGAUUUGCUUGCAAGUUGCUCUUGUUUGCUGUGUGUGGCCGCGUGCUGCGCCAUGACGUUCGCCUCCCUCUCGAUGUGCUCACGGUGCUGACGCUCCACAGCCUCCUUCAUCUACACACACACACACACACACACACAUACACACAUGCAUUCUUUCUCUCUCUCUCUCUCUCUCUGUGUGUGUGUGUGCCUGUUGCUGAGUCUUGAGGUCGUUCUCUCUGCUGUGUUUUGCGAUGGCUCGCCUCUCGGCUUCGUCUCUCUCGAUGGCCGCCUCGGUGGCCAUGUCCUUGAUGCGGUGCGUCUCCUCCUCUGCCAGCCGGCCGGCGGCCUCUUUCUCCUGAGCUAUCUCUCGCGCUUUGGCGGUCGUGACGGCGUCUUCGUCCAUCUGUGCCUGUGCGCCGGCCGCCGCCACCUCGCUGUUGGCGUGCUGCUCACGCGCCGCACGCUGCACAGACGCCUCGUGAGACAACAUUCCCGCAUCCUGAACACACACAGACACACAGAGAGAGAGAGGGACGUCCUCUGUGUGUCUCUCUCUCUCUCUCUGUGUGUGUGUGUGUGUGUCAUAGACCUGUUGUUCCUUGUCGAUCUGUGCGGCUGUGUCGGCGUCCUUCUGCUCCUCGCUCUCCCUCUUGCGCUCCUCCGCCUCGGCCAACCGCUCCAAACGCUCUCGCAGUCCAGCGUGGAAGCCGCCACGCAUCUUGCACGCAGCCUCCUAAAUCACACACACACACACACAGAGAGAGAGAGAAAGGGACACACAUGAGAGCUGGUCACUCAUCCAUUUGGUGUGGUGUGGUGUGAAUGCACGUGUUUGGCCUUCUGGUAGGCGGGGCUCUUCAUCACAGCCUGACACACACACACACACACACACACACACAGAGAGACACAGAGUGUGUGCCAACGGUGCGUGUCUUGUGCCGGUGUGGUUGUUUGCCUGUGCGGCCUCUGCGUGCGGUGUGAUUGCCACUCUGUCCCGUGCAGUCGACAGAUGGCCAGACAACGACUCCUCAAGUCGGUGGAGGACGUCCACGUCGUGCCGCAGCUGACUCACCGUCCCCUCCAGCGCACCGUUGGGCACUCCGCCAGACACAGCCGCCACCUGUGCCACGAUGGAUUUGCGGAGUGCGAGUGCCUUGCGCAUCUGCUGCUUCUCGCGGGAGCCCUCCACCGACGUCGACAGGCAGCAGCAGCACGGCAGUGGGAGGAGCAGGCAGAGGGCCAGCGGGCACAGCAGAAGCUUUGCCAUCGUCAUCGUGAGCUGCUGAUGGGCCGGGUGAGCGUGCAGAUUGCCGACAGACAAAGCUCAGCCUGGAGGAAGCAAUAUUGAUAUGAUUCACUGCAAAAGGAGAAGCAAGCGAAGAAAGAAGCAAGCACGCAGCCUUGUAUACGUAUUAGCCCCUCUAAGAAGGGCAGAAGCAGAUAGG